GCAGUGACAUUUCUAAGAAGGAAACUGAAGCUCGGUCUUGAUCAUGGCUUCUCUGCAACUACCCCUCAACAGUCGAAAGUCUUCUCCACCUCAGGUUGUUUUCUCCCCAAGAUUAAUUGGCCUCAAAAGAACCCUAAAUCUCCACUUUUCAUACAAACACAUGAUUUCACCCAACCAUGCAGCAGCCCUAAGAUGCUCGUCCAUCGCCCCUGCAAUUCCAACUCCUACUCCAACUCCAGAAAUGGAAGAAGAAACCAUGGAAGAUGAGCGGCCGCUUCAUCAGGUUUGGAGAGAAAUCCAUGGCUGCAACGACUGGCACGGCCUUCUCGAUCCCAUGAACUCUCAUCUCCGGCGAGAGAUCAUCCGGUACGGCGAGUUUGCCCAGGCCUGCUACGAUUCCUUCGACUUCGAUACCCACUCCAAGUACUGCGGCACCUGCAAGUACUUGGCCGCCCAUUUCUUCCACAAGCUUGACAUGGCGGAUCGAGGCUACCUGGUGAGCAGAUAUCUGUAUGCAACUUCAAGCAUCAACCUCCCCAACUUCUUCCACAAGUCCAAGCUGAGUAGCAUUUGGAGCCAGCAUGCAAACUGGAUGGGCUACGUGGCCGUCGCCACCGACGAAGACGAGAUCCGGCGGCUGGGCCGCCGUGACAUCCUAAUCGCAUGGCGGGGCACGGUGACAUACCUCGAAUGGAUCCAUGACCUAAAAGACAUAUUGUGCCCAGCCCAUUUCCGACAAGACGCUUCCAUCAAAAUCGAGGCAGGGUUCUACGAUCUCUACACCCAGAAGGAAAAGUCGUGUAAUUUUUGUUCCUUCUCCGCCCGUGAACAGGUUCUGUCCGAGAUCAAGCGGCUUACAGAGCUCUACAAAGGUGAAGAGCUCAGCAUCACAAUCACAGGCCAUAGUCUUGGCGCAGCCCUGGCCAUACUAAGCGCCUAUGACAUAGCUGAAAUGAAGUUGAACAUUUACGAAUCUGACGACGAACAUUCUGUCGCUAAAAUUCCCAUUACGGUGUUCUCCUUCUCGGGUCCUCGAGUUGGCAAUCUAAAGUUCAAGGAACGAUGUGACGAGCUCGGAGUUAAGGUCUUAAGAGUCAUCAAUGUCCACGACAAGGUCCCAACAGUUCCAGGAAUCUUCGCCAAUGAGAAGUUUCAAUACCAAAAGUACAUUGAAGAGACUCUUUCAUUUCCAUGGAGCUAUGCUCAUGUUGGCGUGGAGCUUUCUCUGAAUCACACGCAUUCACCAUUUUUGAAACCCACAAAUGAUCUGGGUUGCGCUCACAACCUCGAGGCUCACUUGCACCUCGUCGACGGGUACCACGGCGUCGGCCGCCAGUUCCGGCAGGCCACCGGACGGGACCUUGCGCUAGUGAACAAGAGCUGUGACUUCUUGAGGAGUGAUUAUGGGGUGCCUCCCUACUGGCGGCAGGAUGAAAACAAAGGGAUGGUGAGGACAAGUGAUGGCCGGUGGAUUUUCCCGGAAAGGCCGAGAAUGGAGGCUCAUCCUCCUGAUACUGCUCACCACCUCGAGAAAGUGCUUAAAUUUGCCUACUCUUCUAGGCACACUACAUAAUACAAAAGAUCUACUUUGCUCGAGCCUUAUUGACGCAUGAGAUGAUCAAAGGGGUCAAAAUAACAUAACUGCCAUCAUCCAAGGAAAAUGCUUCCACUUUCCUUUCAUGCCCGCCUCCUCUCUCUUCUCUUUCCCCUUCGCCUUGCCUCACGCCGACCGAUGCCGCCUUCUCCUUUGCCUCGCGUCACGCUGGCCAAUGCUGCAUCGCCUUGCUGCCUCGUCUCACACCAACCACCGUUGUAGUUUCUAACAAUUAACAAUGCAACUCUGUAUUAAUAAAGGAAAAGUAUAAAUUAAACAUGGUGAUUAUAUAUAUAUAACUUUACAACUUUUUUGUAUCAUUUGUCAUCAAGAGUGAUAUAUAUCCAUAAUUAGAAAGAGUAGAAACCAUCUCUGCUUGUAGAGUCCUGAAUUUUUUAAGUCUGUUUAA